AUGUGUUUUGAUUCAUUGCAUAAUCUUAUUCGAAGUAUUUUAGAAUGCACGAGUGGGAUAUUUGAUCUAAAUCUAGGGAUUAUAUUUCCGGAUAAGCAUAUAGAUCCACCUAAGAUAGAGGCAAAACCUUCUUUACCUCAAGAACAUUAUCCUCGUGGAGAAUUAAUAGAACCCCUCAAAGGAAAACCUAUAGUCUACCCAAGCUGGAUCAAAGUCAAUGAUUUUCCUGGGGAUAGAUUAGGUCCUAACGAAACGUUACAAAUCACUCCAAAUCCUAAACUCAUUGAAUACUUUAUUCAAGAAUCAGAAAAUAUGGAAGAAGUCCCUAUUUAUCGAGGUAAACAAUUAGUCCAUAUCACUGAUUUAUUACGAUUUAACAGAUUUGAAGUAUUAAGUGAUGAUGAUCUUACUUUUUUGGGACAAUUUGCAAUGAUGGACUUCCUAAGACUUUAUAGAUCAAAUGAUUUGGAAGAAAUUCGUAAAUGUGAUGCAAAUAAAAUAGGAUGUAUUUUUGAAGGAAUAAUCUUAGAUUAUGCAAUCCUUUAUAAAGCUGAUCCAGAAGUCAUUAACUUGAUAAAAGAGUUUGCAACAGCUGUAAAGUAUACUGAAGAUUUCAUGUUUACAGAUAGAUUGCAAAUCAAUUUCAGCUUUCAUUAUUAUCCAACCAUCAAUUAUCUGACAGGUUCGUAUUUAAAUUUAAACGGCUAUACUGCUAAAGAGCUUGGUCUUGAAGAAUUGCAUGUUGUCAGGAAAACUUGA